AUGUCUCGUCUCUUUCUCUACGAAGACGACAUUUGCUGUCUUUUUCUAUUUUCUCAAAAUUUGCAGUUUUUUUUUAUCUUUUGUCGACAUUUGCUGUCUUUUACUCUUUUGCCGAUAUUUGCUGUCUUUAUUUCAUUUGUCAACAUUUGCUGUCUUUUUUCUUUUGCUGAUAUUUUCUGUGUUUUUCUCUUUUGUCGACAUCUGGCAAAAUUAGCUGUCUUUUCUUUUUGCCGAAAUUUGCUGUAUUUUUCUAUUUUGCUAACAUUUGCUGUUUUAAACUAUUUUGUCAUCAUUUGCUGUCUUUUUCCUCAUUUGCAGCAUUUUCUUUUGUCGACAUCUACUGUGUUUUUCUCAUUUGUAAAUAUAUACUGUCUUUUCACUUCUGUCAACAUUAGCUGUUUUUUUUUAUUUGUCGACACUUGCGGCCUUUUUCUCUUUUGUCGACAUUUGCUGUCAUUUUCUCCUUUGCUGAUAUUUAUUGUCUUUUCCUCAUUUGUCAAAAUUUACUGUUAUUUUCUCUUUUGCAGACAUUUUCUGUUUUUUGGUAUUUUGUCAACAUUUGCUAUCUUUUUUUUUUGCCGACAUUUCUUGUCUUUUUCUACUUUCUUAAAAUUUGCAGUCUUAUCUUUUGUCGACAUUUGCUGUUUUUUCUCUUUUGCCGACAUUUUCUUUGUUUUUUCUCUUUUGUCGAUAUUUGCUGAUUUUUUCCCUUUUGUCAAAAUUAGAUGGUUUUUCUCUUUGCCGAAAUUUGCUGUCUUUUUCUCUUUUGUCAACAAUUGCUGUUUUUCGCCUUUGUCUACAUUUGCUGUUUUUUUCGCUUUUUGUCGACAUUUGCUGUCUUUUGAUCCUUUGCCGAUAUUUGCUGUCUUUGACACAUUUGUCAACAUUUACUGUGUUUUUCACUUUUGCCGACAUUUUCUGUUCUCUUUUUUCGGUAUUUCUCUUUUACACAUAUCUACUGUCUAUUUCACUUUGGUCGACAUUUGCUGUCUCCUUUUUGCUGAUAUCCGCUCUCUUUUCCUCUUUUAUCAAUAUGUGCUGUCUUUUUCUCUUUUGCCGAUAUUUGCUGUCUUUUUCUCUUUUCACGAGAUUGCUUAUUCGGGAGGUUGA